AUGGCGUGGCAACCAGACGAGGAGCCCCUGCGGCAACUCGUGCAAUGUCUGAAGGACUCGCUCACAGGCCAGAACCCGAUAUUCGUCGAUUGCUCGCCCAGAUUGGGGAUUGCGCUGACGGCUGUGGCUCUACAGAUGCUCAAAACCGCGAGAACAUCGCCAGACAUUGAUAAAUACCUGGCCUUUGUCUUCACCAACACGCAGCCACCUGCGGCUGUCUCCAUGGAUGCCACACACUACUUCCAGGCGCGCGCUGCCGCAGCCAUCAUGCUCAAGAACGACGUCAAAACCGGCUACAAGACCAUGCCCGAUACUACUAAAGACUACAUAAAAUCAACCAUAAUAUUGGGACUUCAGGACUCGACUUCGCAGAUGCGAGGAUACGCGGGCAAUGUCAUCACUGAGAUUGUCCGGCAGGGAGGCAUCAUGGGAUGGCCGCAGGUCCUUUCGGAGCUGAUCGAUAUGGUCAGCAAUUCGAGUGGCAGUGUCUCCCCACAAGCGCAAGAGGGCGGAAUGAGCGCAUUGUUGAAGAUAUGCGAAGACAACAGGAAAGCACUCGACAAGCAAUACCAGGGACAACGGCCCCUGGGGUUCCUGUUCCCCAAGCUGUUGGAGCUCACAACGAGUUCAUCGGCCAGAGUGCGCGCCGAUGCGUUGGCCAGCAUGAACAUCUUCGUCCCAGAGAAGCCACAGGCUGUAGUGUCAAGUCUCGACACCCUGCUCCAGCAGCUUUUCAGCCUUGCCAGCGAUCCCAGCGACGAAGUCCGGAAACACGUGUGCCGAGCCUUUGUACACAUCGCCGACAUUGCACCUGAGAAGAUUGUGCCACAUAUGGAGGGUCUGGUCGAGUACAUGGUAACCCAGCAGCGCAACCCGGAAAACGCCGAGCUGGCGCUUGAUGCGGCCGAGUUUUGGUUGUGUGUUGGCGAAGAUGACAACAUGCGCGAACAUCUGGGCCCUUACCUGCCCAAGAUUGUGCCAGUCCUGCUGUCCAGUAUGGUCUACAGCGAGGACGAGAUCUUACGUCUUGAGGGCGAAGAGGAGGACUACGAAGUCGACGACCGUCAGGAAGACAUUCGUCCCAACUUUGCGUCGAGCAAGUCCGGACGUUUGACCAACGGCGAGAACUCCACAGCUGUGAACGGUAACGUUCCAUCAGCCAACGACGACGACGAUCUAAGUGAGGGAGAAAUUGAUGAUUUCGACGAUGAUGAUGAUGCAUUCGGCGACCCUGAAGAGCAGUGGAACCUUCGCAAGUGCUCAGCGGCCGCGCUUGAUGUUCUUGCGUCUGUCUUCCACGAAGCAGUCUUCCAGGCGACGUUACCGUAUUUGACCGACAAUCUCAGUCACGCCGAAUGGCCCAACCGAGAGGCUGCUGUUCUCGCCCUGGGUGCUAUAGCAGACGGAUGCAUGUCCGUAGUUGAGCCACAUCUGCCCAUGCUCACCCCAUACUUGAUAACACUUUUGCAAGACCCCAAGCCUGUUGUCCGCCAGAUCACAUGUUGGUCCCUAGGCCGCUACUCCGGAUGGGCUGCUCACCUGGAUCAAGCUGGAAAGCAACAGUUCUUCUUGCCAGUCAUGGACGGUAUCUUGAAAAAGAUGCUGGACAACAACAAAAAGGUGCAAGAGGCUGCAGCGUCUGCAUUCGCGAACCUUGAGGAGAAAGCGAACACUGAGCUGAGCGAAUACUGCCGCCCCAUCGUCAGUCAGUUUGUGCAGUGCUUUGCCAAGUACAAGGACCGUAAUAUGUUUAUUCUUUACGACUGUGUCCAGACGCUUGCUGAGCACGUCGGGCCAGCGCUUCGAGACGACGACCUUGUCAGCAUGCUUAUGCCGGCGCUCAUACAGCGAUGGAACAAGGUUUCCGACCAGUCGAAAGAAAUGUUCCCAUUACUUGAGUGUUUGUCGUAUGUGGCAACUGCGCUGGGAUCGAAGUUCGCCCAAUAUGCAGCUGGCAUCUUCGCGCGCAGUAUCAACAUCAUCCAUCGCAAUCUCGAAGAGGGUGUAAUGGCAGGCCAGAAUCCUGGUUGGGAUGCCCCUGACAAGGACUUCCUUGUAACCAGUCUCGAUCUGCUCAGUGCCAUUAUCCAAGCUCUACAACAAGAGGACAGCGCCCAGUUGGUGGGCAGAACGUCUAGCUUUUUCCAGCUUCUAGCCGUGUGCAUGAACGACCCCAACAACGACGUGCGACAGUCUGCAUAUGCCUUGCUUGGCGAUUGCGCUAUCUACGUAUUCCCACAGCUGCAGUCCUGCCUGCCAGAGAUUAUGGAGAUCAUCAUCGAGCAACUUGACGUCAAUCGGGCACAUCUCGAAGCCGAAGAAACCGGCUAUUCCGUUAUCAACAAUGCAUGUUGGUCUGUAGGCGAGAUCUCGAUGAGACACAAAGAGGGUAUGCAGCCAUAUGCGGAACGGUUGCUACAAAAGAUUGGCACGAUAUUGUUUGACGACAAAGUCCCGGAUUCAUUGAACGAGAACGCGGCCAUCGCGCUAGGAAGACUAGGUUCAGGGUGCCCACAGUUCCUGGCUGUUCACCUCGCCCAAAUCGCCCCUCCAUUCCUGCGAGCGAUCAAGAACGUCAUGUGGACAGAUGAGAAGGCACACGCUCUUACUGGGUUCAUGGACAUCAUCCUCGCUAAUCCUGGUGCCAUGGAACAAUCUCUCCUCCAGUUCUUCAGCGAGAUGUCACAUGCCAACCACAACCUACUUACGUUCCAGCCAAAGCUCAAAGAGGACUUUGAAAAAGUCAUCCAACAAUACAAGACCAUGAUUCCGAACUUUGAUGCCUUCCUCGGAGGGCUUCCUGCAGAACAACAAGCUAACCUGAGGAAGUUGUACAGUGUUUAG